AUGAAAAAUUUACAACUGAAAUCUAAUUACAUCAUUUGUUUGAUUGUUCUACUGGCCACUGUGCUCAUGUUCAAAUCACAAUGUCAAAAAUUGAAAUUACCCAAAGAAAUACGUGAAGUUUUUCAAUUACAUAAAUAUUAUCGAAAUUCUAUACGAUUUUGUAAGAUGCCAAAUCAACCGCCAGCAAAGUAUAUGUCGAAAUUGAAAUGGAAUCAACAUUUAGCUGAAAAAGCUCAACUCACCGCUAAUCGAUGUGAUUACGCUUAUGAUAGUCCAAGUGAUAUGAGUUUUGAAGAAUUUGUUUCCGUAGCUCAAAAUAUUGCCGACAGUCCAACAAUUGAGAAAGCAGUGGCCAGUUGGUUUGUUGAAUACAAGAAUUAUUCUUAUGAUGACAACAGAUGCAAAGAUACAUGUAUGCAGUAUAAACAGAUGGUAAAAGGUGAAGAAACUGAAAUCGGCUGCGGUGUACAAAAAUGUUCACAACGAUAUGUGGUAGUAUGCAAUUAUUCUCCAGCAGCUGAAGAAGAUGUACAACCAUAUGAAAAAGGUACUGCAGAAAAUUGUGAUGAUGUUGAUGAUGCCGAAUAUUAA